AGCCUAACCGUUUCCUGACCGGUAUACGAAACAAGUUGAGAAACUAUGGCAACUGAGAAAUCACAAAAAACCCCACCAAAUCAAGAAGCAGCCUCAAUAUCAACUCUCUACUUAGUUGUAUAUAAUGUCGUCCAAUUCUUCGGAUGGUUUAUGAUAUUCUAUGGACUGAUAAACGCCGGUAGUACAAAGUCUGUUUUCAAAAUUUGCUCCACUUUACUUUACAUUUUCCAAACUGCCGCAAUACUAGAGGUUGUUCACGCCGCACUCGGUUUGGUAAAGUCCAAUGUCUUUUUAACUUUCUUUCAAGUACUUUCUAGAGUAUUUGUUGUAUGGGGAAUAUCCUACAGUGUUCCUGAAACAAGAGCCACCAAUGGAACGACAAUGUACUUGGCGGCAUGGAGUAUAACAGAGAUAGUUAGAUAUGCUUAUUAUGCAAUCAAUUUGUUAUCUGAUGUACCUUACUUUAUCGUAUGGGCAAGAUACACUUUUUUCAUUGUCCUUUAUCCAAUUGGUGUUACGGGUGAAUUAUUAGUCUUCUACAACGCUUUGCCAUCAGUCAAGAAGUCUGGCUUAUACAGUUUUCAUUUACCCAACAAAUACAACUUUAGUUUUGACUAUUAUACAUUAUUAAUUAUUGGAAUGUUAACUUAUAUUCCAAUUUUCCCACAAUUGUAUAUGCACAUGUUUAAGCAAAGAGGAAAAUUUGUUUCAACACCCAAAGAUAAGGAAGAGGCGAAGAAGACAAAAUAA